GAAUAAGUAUAUUUAUUUUCAGUGGUAGAAAAAAAACUACUCAUCCUAGUGUUUGUCACAGCAUGGCGGGACGAAAUCACCACCGCCACGUGGACGAGAUCACCACCGACCUCCGCCCCCAUCGCCGCCUCACUCCGACCGACAUCCGUCUAAUCGAGGACCGCAUCGCCGCCCGGAGCAGGGAGAUCCAAUCCCUCCUUCCCGACAAUCAUCGCCUUGCUGCCUCCCGCGUGGCGCUCAAGCAGGAUGUCGCCGCCGCCCGGCAGGACCUCCACCGCCUCUCCGCCACCUCCUCCGCCGUCCAGGCCGAGCGGGACGCGCACGUGCGAGAGGUCUACGAGCGCUCCCUCGAAAUGGAGGCCGGGCCUCGCUCCGCCGAAUUGAAUCGGGUUAGGGCUGAAAUUAAGGACCUCAGGGCCGAGCGCGAUCAAUUAUCGGAGAAAUUGAAGGAACUUCAAGACGAUUUAGCGAGGUUUCAUCCUGCGCAGCAGGAAUUCUCUGAGCUCGAAGCUGAUAUUGAGGCGUUGCAUAGAGACGUUGGCAAAGGAAGGGCUGCAGUUGAAUAUGAAAGGAAUAUGCAGUCCACUCACUGUGAGCUUAGUGAAGUAAUGGAGAAGCACCUGAUAUCCAUGGCUCGUGAGUCAGAAAAUUUGCGUUCUGAACUUGCAAAUGCCGAGAGGAGAGCUAUGGCAGCCAUUGUAGGUGCAGGCGCAGCUGCCAACUCAGGUCCUGGAUACACCAUUCUCCAGAGUUCUCUUAAAUCUGGAAUUUGCGAAAAUUCAUUAGCUGAUCAUCAUGCUGUUCCUCAGGUUGGCUUAUCUACUGUAAUUAAAGUUUGAAUGGAAUCAAACCAAAAGGUCUCAUUUUCAUCCUGUUUUGGCAGUAGCAUGAUGGUGUAAUAUGCUACUUUAUAAACUCAUUAUAAAUAACUGCCCUUAUGUUGAUAUUUCCAGUGCCUGAUAGCGUAAUACCCAUAAAGGAGUAAUAAACAGGUUGGUUUAUUGUGAAAGAAAAAAGAGAAUGUAGGAGAAAUAAGUGGAUGACGAUGAUGCUUUAAUGUUGGAGAAUAAUACAAAUUUUGUAAUGAAUGGUGACUAAGAAAAAAAGAAGAUAUUUUAGUACAAGAUAACUUGAUAGUGCGAAAUUUCGAGUAAAGGAAUGGAACAUAGCGUUGAUUUCUUUGAUAUUAGUAGUGAAACACUAGAAAUGAAAACCACAAUGGUCAUGAGAACUAGCUGUCUGAGAAUUUCAUAUGAGUUAUAUUUAAUGAUUUUUUCUCCUUAUCAAUAUUUACCAAUAUAUAUGUAAAUCUCCUGUUCUAAUAUUGGAUUGCUUGGACUGCUCUCUGCUGCAGUUUGAAGCUUGUUUAUACUUCUUUCUUUUCAAAAUUACACCAAUUUGUGGCAUUUUUUGUCUUGGGAUUAGAAUUAGUAUUGCAUCUACAAUUGCUUUCUCACCCAGGACGCUGUUUUUCUGAAUCAACAAAAAUGUUGUACAUGUGCCUAUUUGGGAAAAGUUAGACAUAAACUCUGGCCUUUUCGCAAAUAUCAGCAUUUAACUUUUUUCUCAUUUGGGCUAUAUUACUAAUGGUUAUUACAACAGUAAUAUUAUGGCAAAGAUGUGCGACCUUGAAGUACAUUGCCUUUGUAGUUAACAUGUCAAAUAUCACUCUAAAUCUACUUAGAAUAAGCUUGGUUGGUCCUCCCUGUUGCCUAACAACCUAAGUUUCAUGUCUGCCUAUGUUGCCCCGUAUAUUUUUGGUGUGGAUGUUUUGUACUUGAAUAUUCUAUAGUUGUUAUUGGCAAUUACUAAUAAUGCCUUUGUUUAAUUUAUUGAACAAGGUAUGACUUAUGUGGAGGGCCUCUCAUUCCUCAUGGUCAGUACCAUAUGCAAAGGUAGCAGUGUUGUAUCUAAGCCACCUUGCAAAUUUGGAGCGCUCAAGCGACAAAUGGUCUACCUUUGAAAAGGCCUCUCAAAUCAAGCAUGCCGUGAUUGCUUGAGCCACCGAGAAGUGCACUACAACCUGGAAGCCAGAUAAAAUGAUGUUACUUAAAAGAGCUCAGUUUACACUCGAGACACUUGGAACUUUAGUUUGUAGGGAAUGUACUUGUAUCAACAUUAUCAUUUAGUAUAGUAUUUUUUGGGGGUUUAGUA